GGCGCUCAAUGGCACCCGGUGAAGAACAAUCUCACCCGAAGUUGAGAGAAAGUGAGCCAGGCUCAGAAAAGUCACAGGAGGUGUGCAGCGGUCGUGAUUUGAUGACAGAGGUCAGGGCAGCUCCGUCAACAUUAAAGGAUGAUAUUGCACCCGGUGAAGAACAAUCUCACCCGAAGUUGAGAGGAAGUGAGCCAGGCUCAGAAAAGUCACAGGAGGUGUGCAGCGGUCGUGAUUUGAUGACAGAGGUCAGGGCAGCUCCGUCAACAUUAAAGGAUGACAUUUCACAGGAGGUGUGCAGCGGUCGUGAUUUGAUGACAGAGGUCAGGGCAGCUCCGUCAACAUUGAAGGAUGACAUUUGCCACCAUAGUGUUACCUGCUCACUUGUCAGCUGUUUGGACCAUUGUGAAGAUUGCACAGGACCUGUCUCCAGUCUAAAAUGGCUUGGUCUCACAUGCAAAUUGUGUUCAAGAUCCUGGCACAAAUCCUGCUUUUUCAAGAAGAAUCAGUCGCUGGAUGUUAUACCCGAUGAGAUUGUUUCUGACUCUGCAAGUAGUGAUGGCUGUUCCUCUGGUGAUCUCUACAUAGCUGACACUGCACCAAGGUCUGAUGGAUCCAACUCUGAUGAAGAUGUUGUAACUGACACUGAACUAUUUAGUGAUAGUGAGGAUCUAAACCUACCACAUCGCAAGAGUGGACCAGUUGACUCACUUUCUUCCCAGGAAAGGACAAAGACAGUCCUGCAACCUAUAUCCUGCAUGGAACAGGAGGACAGGAUGCUUCCAACUCUGGCAGAGUUGGCAUUGAUGAUGACUUCAUACCUGAUAGUGAACCCUGUUCUGAUGUUGAUGAUCCUACUACAAGUAAUACCCAGACUCUUCCAAGAAGUACAACAGAGUCUUUUCUACUGA